AAGCUCGUGUAAUUGCUGCGGCGACAGUGCCCAAAUAAAAUCCCCUAAACCUAGCGCCGCCGCCGCCAUGCUUCGCCGUCUCGCCGCCGUCGCCCAGCGGACCUUCUCCUCCUCUUCCCCGCACGCCCCGCCGCUGGCUGCGUCGGGCUACACCCCGCGCCGCGAGUACGGCCUGGUGCCCAUGGUGAUCGAGCAUACCUCCCGCGGGGAGCGCGCCUACGACAUCUUCUCGCGCUUGCUCAAGGAGCGCAUCGUAUGCAUCCAUGGCCCCAUCACUGACGAUACGGCGUCCCUCGUCGUCGCCCAGCUGCUCUUCCUUGAAUCCGAGAACCCCGCCAAGCCCGUCCACCUCUACAUCAACUCCCCGGGGGGCGUCGUCACUGCGGGCCUCGCCAUCUACGAUACCAUGCAGUACAUCCGCUCCCCCGUCACCACGCUCUGCAUCGGUCAGGCCGCCUCCAUGGCGUCGCUACUCCUCGCCGCUGGGGCGAGCGGGGAGAGGCGGGCGCUGCCGAACGCGCGGGUCAUGAUCCACCAGCCCUCCGGUGGCGCGUCGGGGCAGGCGUCAGACAUCGCCAUCCACGCCAAGGAGAUCCUUAAGGUGCGGGACCGGCUCAACAAAAUCUAUGCCAAGCACACGGGCCAGGCCAUCGACCGCAUCGAGCAGUGUAUGGAGAGGGACAUGUUCAUGGACCCGGAGGAGGCACAUGAUUGGGGGCUUAUCGACGAGGUCAUCGAGCACCGCCCUGUCUCUCUUGUGUCUGAUGCUGUUGGCAGUGAUUCGCAAAACCUCGGUGGAGGCGGAGCUGGGGUGAAUAAAGGAGCGGAUGAGCCAUCCUCAGCGUGAUGGCAUUGGACAGUCGCAAGGUGCAAUCGUUGUCAUGCUCCUGUAGCUGUCUUAUUUGGAUUUGAGGUUUAAUUCGUACAUGAGGUGAAUAACUUAAUUUUCUGGUUGCUGGGCUAAUCCACUAGCAACGCUGUUGUUUUGAUACUUUAAUUGAUCUGUUGCUGAUAACGAAUGCUAUCUGGUAUGAGCCCUCAACAGCGUUGUUAAAGAUUUGUUGUCUGGAAUCAAUGAGUCCUGUUUAACCCA